ACGGCGCUGUGGAUGCCCUGGGGCUGCCCCGCGGGCCGGGCCCGGCCGGGCCGAGCUCUCUGGGGUGGGAGGGAGCCAGCGGGGCCCCGCUCAUGGACAACUUUACAGGAAUUGAAUCACCUCACAGGAAUUAGAUCACCAUUGCUUGUAAAGAUCUUUUCUUCCCACCUGUAACCAGUUUUCUUGAUUUACAGAAGAGGCAGCUGUUUUUAUCCCGUUUUUUGGUAAAGAUGGCAGCCAACAAUGCAGUGCUGAGCAGACUGGAGCAGAAGGGUGCUGAGGCCGAUCAAGUCAUUGAGUACCUCAAGCAGCAACUUGCCCUGCUUAAGGAAAAAGCCAUCUUGCAAGCAUCUCUUCGAGAAGAGAAGAAGCUCCGUGUAGAAAAUGCUAAACUGAAGAAAGAAAUUGAAGGGUUGAAACAGGAGCUGAUUCAGGCUGAAAUUCGAAAUGGAGUAAAGCAGGUUGCAGUUUCUACUGGUACAACCCUUUCUACAGCUUCAUUUUCGGAGAAUGUUCCACAACCUACAGCAGUUACAGCAUCUUCUGGUUCCAAAGAUCAAAUUAAAGGUGAAGAGGAAGAAAAGAAAAAGAAAGAAAAAGUAGAGAAAAAAGGUGAAAAGAAGGAGAAGAAACAGCAGCCAGCUGCUGGAAGUGGCGAUGCGAAACCUGUAGACGUUUCUCGUCUGGAUCUUCGUGUUGGCUGCAUUAUUAGUGCUGAAAAGCAUCCAGAUGCAGACACUCUGUAUGUUGAACAAGUGGAUGUUGGUGAAGCAAGCCCAAGGACUGUUGUCAGCGGUUUAGUGAAACAUGUUCCUCUGGAUAAGAUGCAGAAUCGGAUGGCAGUGCUACUCUGUAACUUGAAGCCUGCGAAGAUGAGAGGAGUAGUGUCUCAAGCAAUGGUGAUGUGUGCCAGCUCUCCAGAAAAAGUGGAAAUUCUGGCUCCUCCACCUGGAGCGGUACCUGGGGACAGAAUCACUUUUGAAGGUUUUCCUGGAGAUCCUGAGAAGGAACUUAAUCCAAAGAAGAAGAUUUGGGAGCAAAUCCAACCUGAUCUUCAUACCAAUGACCAGUGUGUUGCUGCAUACAAAGGAGUUCCAUUUGAAGUGAAAGGGAAAGGAGUGUGCAGGGCAGAGACCAUGGCAAACAGCGGAAUCAAAUAAAUAAAUAAAUAAAUAGUUAUUAGAAACUUGUACAGAUGUUGAAAUGGAAAGUGAUGCAAGCAGAAUAAAAAACAUUAAAUGUAUGGCUAAGA